AUGGACGCUGGCGGUCUUGCCCAGAUGACCUACAACAACUUUCCUUCCAACGGCGGCCUCGGCGUGCCUGGCUCCGGCUUCGCCUCCCGCGGAAAAGGCGCUCAUAUCAAGCGUCUUAGUGUCGCACCUCCGAGGGCCUCUAUGGUUGAUGAGGACCGUUCUCAUGUGGCGCCGACUCCUCGAACCAGUCGCUCUCACUUGCUUGCGGGGCUUCGAACUGCGCCAAAGUCGCCCAUGAACGUGCCUUCCUCGGCUCCCUAUGCUCAGACUGAGCACCGCGGUGGUCUGGACAAUAGCAGAUAUGCCGAGCGAGGAGGACUUCGUUCGGGUCGUGGAUACCCCCAAACUGCCAUUGGGUCGAAUUUUCCAGCCCACGAGGAUAACUUCGAGUCCAAUCAACAGCUCUAUUCCCUGCCAGAGCAAAUUCUUGCGCCGCCCGCUCUGCCUGCCAACAUCGACAUUGACGGCGAACAAAUGGACCCGAACCUCUACGCUGAAUUGGUUGCCACGAACCUUUACCUCUCCCAGCAGCAACAGCGGCUGCAGCAGCAGCUCAUCAAUGUCACUGCGGCUGCCCAGCAGUUUCAGGGGCUGAGCCUCGGGAACAGCCUGGGCCUGGCUCAGCCGCAGGUGCAACAGCAGUUUGCUGGUGUAGCUGGCUUGCCCAGUAUGAGCUUCUACAAUCAGCAGCUGCAAAAUGGUGUGCAACCUGUUGUCCAGGAGGUGCCCGGACAGCCAGGGCUAUAUUCCGUCUAUAACCCCAUGACCGGUCAACAUGGAAUCUUUGUCGACUCUAGCGCUCAACAACAACAACAACAACAACAACAACAACAACAACCACAACCACAACCACAACCACAGCAGCAGCAGCAGCAGCCGCCCCAACAGCCGCCGCUCCCCACUCGGGCUUCUGCCUAUGGCGCUCAGGUCAACAGGGAGUUUAAUCAGUCCCCUCUACGGACCGAGUCUCCUUCCUUCCGAGCUCAGGUGUCGUCUCCUUCACCCCAACCCAGUAUUUCCGCUAUUGGAAGUGCUCGAAGCCUAUCUCCACCAAAGCCAAGCGAGUCUCCUGUGCAUGACGUUGCGCCUCUUCCACCUCCGUCCGCCAACGCCUUCCGCCGUGGCCACAAAAAAGCAUCCUCCUCCAUGGCAUUUCCUGGACAGUCGAUCUCUUCAGCAAACGCCGAGGGUACAAGGAGCGCUGGCCCCAAGUCUGCUGGGUUUCCUCAGACCCCCUUGAGUGGUACUUUUGGCCCCGGUCAAGGCCGUGCCGGCGAGCAUCCGGUCCGCCAACCCCGAGGACCGCCUCCGCUUGAGGAGUUGGCUGCAAAGCCCACAACCAAGCAUGAAGGUAGCAAGAACUUUGCGACUCGCCAACGACGUCGAGCUGUUCAUAGCCUGGUGCGAGCUGGCAUUGAACGCCGUGGCGUUCGUGGCUCAGGUUCCAUUGGUAGUGCCGGAAGCAUGACACCAGUCAGUGAAAACGAUGUCACAUUUUCGCCAACGUCCGAUAAUGAUUCCGAGAGCGUCGGCAGUGGAUGUCUCUCAGGUAAACCCAGCAUUGGCAGUCUUCGUGCCGCUGCAAAUGGUGCUAUCGGAUCGGAGCGAAAAGAGAUGAAGGAGCGCUCCCGCGAAAGAAAUUCCGCCGAUAGCAGUCUGAGUGCCCGCAGCAUCAGCAGCGACGAAAGCUCCGGUUUGGGCGCCAGAUUGAAUGAUGUUAAAAAUGAUGGACCACAUGUUUCCCCUGCUGGAAGGCGUAGGGCUCCGAUGCUCGUUCUUACUACCGCCGAGAAGAGAAAAGGCUCCAUGUUCUGA